UAUGCGGAGGGGUCACUUUCUGUUGAAGUAUAGCCUUAACAAAACAGAAAUAGUGCUAAUGGGUGAAAAUCACUGUGGACGUUGCGGACGCUGAUCUUAUGAUGAUGAACAUGGACCUUGCCAGUCCUGACGAUGUGAGCUGCAACAGCAUUAGAAAGCACAGAAUCCCCAUCUCCGCAGAUGAGAGUGUGGUGAAGAGGAGGAGGCACUCUGAUCAGAGCACAUUAGUUCUUGAGUAUAAGAACUCAGUCCGUCUCAAGUAUGAAACGGUGCGGGAGCACGACUCCCUCUCUGGAGAAGAGGUGCUGCUGGUGGAUCGCUACUCUCAGCUGCUGAUCGUUCAGAAGCACAGAGACCAGCACGAGAGAGAGGAAGAGAUGCGCUCCAAGGGACCAGUCUUCCAGCAGGUCCUCCAGGCCCGGGCCAGUGAGCGCUACAGGCAGACCAGGGUGGACCAGCUGUUCAGCUCAGAUUACCCUGGUGAUGCCCCGAGCACCGUUAUUCUCCAGGGCCACUCGGGUCACGGAAAGUCCUUCACCGUGCAGAAGAUCAUGUACGACUGGGCAACUGACAGCCUCUUCCAGGAUUACGUCCUUGUUCUCCACGUGUGCUGCAAAGAGCUGAACUCAGAAGAUGAGAAGAGUGCAAUUGAUCUUCUGAGUCUUACUGAGGAGUUUGCCCCGAUGGUGUCACAGAUCCUCCUGCAAUCACCAGAGAAGGUGCUUCUACUCAUAGAUGGAUUUGAUGAACUCGGACUGCCACUAGAUGGAGCGAAAGCUCCAGUUCCUACUGAUCUGUUCAGUGAGGCGCCUGUGAAGGACAUUGUGAGUGCUCUGUUGUCAAGGAGCGUCCUUUCUGACUGCUCCCUGCUGGUCACCACCAGGUCCACUGCCUCGAACAGGCUGAGCAAGGUGCUUAAACAGCCUCAGCGAUUCGCCGAGAUUCUGGGCUUCUCCGAGAGUGGCGUGAGGGACUACUUCCACAGGUUCUUCAGAGACGAGCAGAUGGCAGAGAAAGUGCACGCGUCCGUCAGGUCCAACGAAACUCUCUACAACGCCUGCUUCAUCCCCCUCAUCUGCGGGAUCGUGUGCUCCGUUUUCAAAGACCAGUUUAAAGCUGGAGCAGACGUGGCCAAAGGGCUGGAGACCACCACCUCCAUAUUUGUGCACUUUGUGUCCACUCUGCUGGAGCACCACUGCCAGGGUUCUGAGGAGCCGGAGCCCACUCUCAGAGCUCUCGGGCAGCUGGCAGAGAGGGGAACGCAGGACAAGCAGGUCCUGUUUGAUGAGCGAAGCGUCCACGCAGCCGUUCCGGAUCCUUCCACGAUGCCAUUCCUGUGCAAGUUCCUCAGGCCGGCGAAGGCGCGUCUUCAGAGUCUGUACGGCUUCAUGCACCUGAGCUUUCAGGAGUUCUUCUGCGCUCUCUUCUGCGUCUUGCAGUUCCCCGAGGAGCCACAGAAACUCCACGAGAUGCUGCCCGUCCACGCCGACGACGAGGGAGACGUCGUCAAGUCUCACCUGCAGCCUGUCAUCCAGUUUCUUUUCGGACUGUCCAACGGCAACGUGAGGAGGUCUCUCACGGGCUCUGUGGGCUCGGCCGCAGCCUUGAUCCGGCCUCGGCUGGAGAAUUGGAUGCGCAGAGCCUUCCGAUACAGGAAGGAGUUCAAACCGGACCGACAUGUCCUGUUCGUCCUCCACUGCCUCUAUGAGCUCCACGAGGAGCCGUUUGUGAGAGAGAUCGUGGAGAUGUGGCAGAAGGUGCACGUUGGCUUUGUGCCCAUGAGCAGGACAGACUGCUGGGUGCUGCUCUUCUGUCUGCAGUGCUGCCCGACCAUCAGGAGCUUGAGCCUCCUGAGCUGUAAUCUGACCUCGGAGAACAUGCGGAUGCUGCUGCCAGCUCUCCACAGAUGUGAGGAGCUCGGAUUGGACUUGGAGGACCUGUCUGACAAUGACAUUGGUGACCUGAUCAUGGCCAUUGGAGAAGGAAAAACCUUAAAUAAACUGGGGGUGUUCAACAGCAGUCUGUCAGACGAGAGUGUGCAGCAGCUCUGUGGCGCUCUCUGCAGGCAGAAGCAUGUGGGCUCUGUGCAGCUCUCAGUGAAGACCAUCACAGCCAACACUGCAGCCGCGCUCUUACACUCCCUGCACAGAUCACACAUUCAGCGCCUGAUUGUUGAUGUAACGAAGGAGUCAGACAGCGAUGAGAAGAGUCUCUGUCUUUGUCUGUCUGCUGAGAAUUACACCAAACGCCUUCAGUUACACCGUAGCGAGGACACUGAGGCAUGCGGCUCAGUGCAGUCAGCACAGAUGGAUACAGAAAGGACCUUGGAGCUGUCUUAUGAAUACACUGUCGUGACUCUUAGCCACCAUCGCCGCUACAAACAUUUGGGCGUUAAAGACCUGCACACCUACGAGCCGCCGAAUCAACCAGCCGUGUCAGAGCUCUCCGUCUUCCUGUCCCACUCCCCAGAGACACACACCAGCCAGUGGACACAGUUCCUGCUCCACUUCCAUGCGCUGAGAGGGCUCAAUGAAGGGGACACAUGCUUUGAGGAGCAUUUGGAUGGUCUUAUGGGCUCACUGCACUCAUUGACGGGUUUGGCAGAAGUGGAACUGGUGGUCAACUCAGUGACCGUAAGCUUGACUGCAAAAAUCAUCUCCCUCAUCCAUGCCUGCCUUACUCUCCAAGAAAUCAAGGUGAAGGCAGGCUGGCGCUUUGGCCCAGGGUUCAUAGCCGACGGCUUGUUACUGGAGGAGGGAGUUCAGCUGCUGCGAGAGGCUCACCUGAGGCCUGACUGUAAACUCACACUUCAAGGGAAGAGAUGCACCAAGCCCUUUGAGAAGUGCGGGUCCAGCGAGGAUAGGAGACUGAGCUGCAACCGUCAGGUGGAGGUGGUGGUGUGGGGGGAGCUGAUGGAGGAGCACAGCAGCGAGUGGGACAGUCUGAGUGAGGGGGACUGGGGGGAGGAAGAGGAGCAGGAAGAUGAAACCAAGGAAAUAGACCCUAAGGAUCUCAUGCAGCUGGACUUCUCAAUAUCUGAUUCCACCCAUUUCCGCUACAAAUCGCACACCCAGCUGGGCCAUUCUGGUGGAGGUCUGGGCGAGUCAUCACUGGUGAAGCUUGUGCUGCCUGACUAUUGCCCAGUGAUCGGGGCUCUAUGCCCUCGGGGCAGGACAUGA